UCAUUACGGCUAAGAAGAUGACUGAUGUAACUGAGUUGAAGCAUCAGUUGAGUACUACUGUUGAGCUGAAAGAUCUAGGAGCUGCAAGAAGGAUAUUGGGUAUGGAUAUCACUCGAGAUCGAAGCUCUGGAGUCCUCAAGGUAUCUCAGUCGUGUUAUUUGAAGUAGGUGGUCAGUAGCUUUCGGAUGGAGGAUUCUAAGAGUACUCAAACUCAUAUUGGAGCUCACUUUAAGUUGGCUUCAGUUAAGGAUGACAGUGAGUGUGUUGACCCAGAGGUGGUUCCGUAUUGCUCAGCUGUUGGAAGUAUCAUGUACACAAUGGUUGGGACCAGACCUGGUUUGGCUCAUGGCAUUGGUAUGGUCAGUCGAUACUGUUAAGCUAGAUGGGCUUCCAACCUAAAACCAAUUGGUGCUAAGUGGAGUGGCCCAUCCAUCUUAUAUAUUGCUAAGGAUCACUUCCAAUAUCCGAUGUGGGACAUUUAUCCCUAAUACGCCUCCUCGAGAUGAUGGCUCUUUGAGCGUCAAUCUCGGAAUGUUCGGGAAAGGAUCGAUGGGCCGACUUUGGGCUGGAUCGAUAAUGAAUCGGAUUGGACUGCAUGGAUCGGCCUCUGAUACCAUGUUAAGCUAGAUGGGCUUCCAACCUAAUACCAAUUGGUGCUAAAUGGAGUGGCCCAUCCAUCUUAUAUAUUGCUAAGGAUCCCUUCCAAUAUCUGAUGUGAGACAUUUAUCCCUAAUAGAUACAUGAUAAACCAGGAGAGCUGCACUGGGAAGCGGUCAAGUGGUUGUUGAGGUACAUUAAAGGUACCCAGGAUCUACAGUUAGUAUAUACAAAAUCAGAGAAGCUUGAUAUACAAGGGUAUUGUGACUCUGACUUUGGAGGUCACUUGGAUAAGAAACGAUCAACCUCUGGCUAUGUGUUUACAUUUGGUGAGAAUGUGGUUAGCUGGAAGUCGAGUCUUCAGUCUGUUGUUGCAUUGUCUACAACUGAAGCAGAGUUUAUUGCACUAACUGAGGCUGUUAAGGAGUCAAUAUGGUUGAAAGGUCUGUUAGAAGAUUUUGGGUUUGAUCAUGAAGAUGUGAAGGUGUGGUGUGAUUCUCAUAGUGCAAUCUGUCUAUCAAAGAAUAAUGCUUAUCAUGAGAGAACAAAGCAUGUAGCCAGGAAGUUCCAUUUCAUAAGAGAUAUUGUUGAAAGUGGGGAGGUUGAUGUCCAGAAGAUACAUACAAGCCGGAAUCCUGCUGAUAUAUUGACAAAAGUGGUUCCGGUGAGCAAGUUCAGAUCUGCAUUGGACUUGCUCAAAGUCCUCAAAGCCUGAAUAGGCUGAUCACCAGCUAGAGGUGUAAGUCCAGAAAGUGAAUUCACGGAGAAGAGGUCAUGAUCUGUGAGGAUGAAAUGUUGUGUUGCAGUAUGUCAGCUAAGGUGGGGAUUGUUAAGUGUUGGUAGCUUUAUACUGAAGAAAUUGCCUUGUAAACGCUCUGUGGGAUGAUCAACGGUUAACUGGCUUGAUUAAGUUAUCCGGUUUGGAGUAAUCAAGUUAGUUAGUCGUUUGGUUUAAUCCGGUUAUGUAAGUGCUUAUAUAUAAAAGGACGCACAGAGUUAGUUAGUUGUAACAAAUAAGAACAGAACGUUCAAAAUUCGUGUGUGUGUCAUCGUCGUUGGAGAAUCUUGGAGAAGAGAGAUCGGAUAGUGACCUAGUGAAUUUGCUGGACUGAGUCUAGCUCCAGUGAGUAAUCUCUGCACAUCGCAGAAUAACACUAUGUAAACAAAUCAUCUGUGUAUUAUGUUCUGUUUCAUUCCUUGAUCACACGAGAGAGCGUUUCGUAUAGAGAGUUCGCUAGUUGCGAUCGAUCGAGAUCUCGUUUCCGCGUAACAGUAGUUAAAAUAAAUAUUUUUAAGAAAUAUAGUUUUAUAAAAAUAGAAUCACACUUUUUUACAUAAUAGUUUCUUUAAAGAAACUUUAGAUUAAAUAAAGUCAUCUAUUUAUGAAAAUCUUUCAAAAGUUAAAAGUAAAUAGGUUAAUUUUUAACUUUCAUAAAUAAAAUGUACCUGUAAAAUAAAAAUAAAAAUCUUUUGAGAAUAUUUCUUUUUAGAGGCAAAAAUAAAGGAUUACAGUGUAUUUUUAUUAUAGAGUGACUCUCUUUUAGAAAAAAAAAGAAAAAGAAAAAUACAUUAGAAAUGAUCUAAGAUAUAUAUUCAAAGACGGCAGAGUUGUGUUUGACAUUAUGUUUGUCAUAUCAAGUACUUAAGAUUAACUUCUAUGGGCAUUCUCAACUUGAAAGAAAAAGUAUACCAAGUAAAAUAGACAAGUGGUGUAAUCAAUAAUUAAUUUGUUGAGUUAGAAAUUGUCUUCAAGAAUAAUUUAAGAACGUUGGGGUAAGAAUUGGUCUAAAGAAUAAACUUUGUUCAAUUGUCUUAGUCUUGAGGAAGAACGUACGCGGUCUUUCGAAUUGGUUAGGGUAUAAAUAACUGCACGUCAAACAAUUUAUUUGUUGCAAAUCGAUAAGAAAAAGUUCAGUCAAAGUAACAACAAACUCCAAAAGAAAAACCUAACAAAAAAGUUCAAGAUGGUGACAACUUCUUCAUAUUCCAACGUCAACGUAGGACCAGAAGUGUUCAUCAGCUUCCGAGGAGAAGAGCUGCGCGAGAAUUUCGUCUCCCAUCUCUAUAAGGCAUUGCGCCAGAGUGGGAUCAAUGCUUUCAUAGACUCUGAUAUGGUUCUGGGCGAUAAACUCAUAACCCUUUUCAAAACAAUCAAGGAGUCCAAGAUAGCGUUGGCGAUUUUAUCGAGCAAGUACACGGCGUCACAAUGGUGUCUGGAGGAGCUGGUGAAGAUAAUGGAAUGUAGCACAAAUGGGGAAGGAUGCAAAAACCUAGUGGUCAUUCCAAUCUUCUACAAGGUGUCUACAUCUAUCGUCGAUAAGCUUGAAGGUGAAUUUGGUGUUAACCUAUUGAAUGUGUGGAGGAGGCAACCAGGUGGUGCACGAAACAGCCGGAUUGUGAAGUGGAAUGCGGCUUUGCAGGAUAUGCUGAGCAGAGCGGCUUUGAUAUAUGACGGAAGCAUGGAGGAGAAUGCUUUCGUGGCUAGGAUCGUUGAAAAGGUUAAUGAUGCCCUAUCCCUAAUUUGGUCGCAAAGUCAAGCACACCCUAACUUACAAAAGAGAGGAGUAGAAGAAAUCCCUAACCCUCCAAAAUUCUAUAACAUAGCAUUAAGCAGUGCUGAACAACGCCUGAAGCAAUUGGAAGAAAAAUUGCAUAUGGACUCAUUGGACUGCAAUGAAGACGAAACUCGUGUUCUUGAAAUUGUCGGGAUGGCUGGUAUCGGCAAAACCUAUCUCGCCAAGAAGCUCUUCUUCAAGCUUGAGACGAAGCUUGGCCGUGCCUUGAUAAUUGAGUUCGACUGCGAUAACUCGAAUCGGUUGGAGAAGAGACUGGUGGAAGGUUUAUUGAAGAAAGAUGAUCCCAGUUUAAUAUUCGCCGAUGAGAAUUCACUUGAAGACUGGAAGAAUCUUCUAAUCGAGAAGAAAGUCGUGGUUGUAUUCGAUAACGUGAGUGACAAGAAACAUUUGGAGCCGCUAAUGGGGAACUGUGAUUGGAUUAAGAAGGGGAGCAGGAUCAUUAUCACGACACGGGACAAGUCAUUGACCGAGGGAUUAACUGUAUCUCAUCUCUACGAGGUCCCUGGACUGAAUGAGAGAGAGGGUUUAGAGCUCUUCAAGGCUCAAAUCGGCACUACUCUUGAGGGGAACUACCUGGAGCUGUCGAGGAAGUAUGUUGAUUAUGUAGGAGGCAACCCAUUAGCUCUUGAGGCAUUCGGUGAGGAGAUUCGUGGGAAAGACGAGGAUCACUGGGAAGCAAGACUUGGAACACUCUCAAAAGUUUCCAGUGAGAAGAUUGGGAAGGUGUUGAGAACCUGUUUCGAUGGACUAAACCAGAAGCAGAAAGAUGCGUUUCUUGAUAUAGCCAUUUUCUUUAGAUCAAAAGAUGAGGACUACAUCAAAAGCUUACUUGAAUCUUUUGACCCUGACACAUCAAAAGCUGGGAAUAAUUGUAGAGAGCUUUUAGACAAGUUCUUGAUUGGCGUAUCGGAUGGCCGAGUAGAGAUGAAUAAUCUACUAUUGACAAUGGCUAUGGAGCUUGUUGAAGCAAGUGGAGGGAAAUAUUUGUUACUUCCAUCAGAUUCUGCAGGAUCUAAUACUGAUGCCCUGAAAAACAAGGAGGUAAGUUUGAAUCAACAGGGAAAAGACAAGGUUAGAGGUAUUAUCUUAGACAUGUCUAAUAUGGAGGAGAAGCCCUUAGACAACCAAGCUUUUGUAAGUAUGAGUAGUCUACUCUACCUGAAAGUCUACUACUCUCUCUGUCCUACGCACUCCAAAGCUGGGUGCAAGUUGAACUUACCAGACGGAAUUUACUUCCCAAAAGAUAACAUCCUCAGAUAUCUUGACUGGAUGAGAUUCCCCGGGAAGGAACUUCCAUCAGACUUUGAGCCAAUGAAUCUUAUCGAUCUUAGGUUGCCUUAUAGCAAGACUAACCGUGUGUGGGACUGUGCUAAGGUUGCACCAAAAUUGAAGUGGGUAGAUCUAAGUCACUCCAGUGAGUUAACUUCCAUUUCAAGUCUAUCAGAUGUGCCAAAUCUUUUAAGAUUAAACCUGGAAGGCUGCACGAGUUUGAAGGAGUUACCUGAGGAGAUGAAAAAGAUGAAGAAACUUGUUUUCCUGAACCUAAGAGGAUGCACAAGUCUCUUGUCUCUGCCAAAGAUCACUCUGGAUUCCCUCAAGACUCUCAUUCUCAGUGGCUGCUCAAAGCUCCGGACAUUCGAAGUGAUUUCAGAAAAUCUAGAAACUCUGUACUUAAACGGCACUGCAAUAGAUGGACUUCCUCCAGCCAUUGGUAAUCUCCACAGACUCAACUUCUUGAAUCUGAAAGACUGCGUAAAUUUGGCGACUCUUCCUGAUUGUCUUGGGAAGCUGAAGUCACUUCAAGAACUCAAACUCUCUCGUUGCUCAAAGCUUGGGGUCUUCCCCGAUGUUAAGGAGAUCAUGGAAAGCUUGCGGGUAUUAAUGCUUGAUGGAACAUCAAUAACGGAGAUGCCAAGUAGUGUUAUCGACUUAUCCUCCCUGCGGCGUCUAUGCUUAAGCAGGAAUGACAAAAUAAGCAGCCUAAAAUUUGACAUGGGUCACAUGUUCCAUCUGAAGUGGCUCGAGUUGAAGUUUUGUACUAAUCUCACAUCUCUUCCGAGACUUCCACCAAAUCUUCAGUGCUUAAAUGCACAUGGCUGUACUUCCCUAAGGACAGUCGCCAGUUCCCCAGACCUUCGGUUUUCGGCCGAGCAGAUUCAUUCCACCUUCAUUUUCACUAAUUGUCAUGAAAUGGAACAAGGCUCAAAGAAUGAUAUCAUAUCUUAUAUCCAGAAGAAAAGCGAGUUGAUGUCAGAUGAUCGAUAUAAUCAGGAUUUUGUUUUCAAAGCCUUGACCAGUACUUGCUUUCCUGGAUGUGACAUUCCUGCAUGGUUCAACCACCAAGCAUUGGGAUCAGUCUUAAAGCUGGACCUUCCCCAAGAUUUGAAUACAGGCAGAUUUAUCGGGGUAGCUCUAUCUGUUGUAGUCUCGUUUAAGGAGUACAAACACCAAAACAACAGAACUCUCCAAGUGAAAUGCACUUGUGAGUUCACUAACGCAUCCUUGAGCCCGGAAAGUUUCAUAGUUGGCGGUUGGUCGGAACCAGGCGAGGAGCCACAUACGGUUGAGUCGGACCAUGUAUUCAUUGGCUACACCACAUGGUUCAAUAUCAAGAAACAUCAACAGCUUUCAUCAGCUAAUGAAGUUUUCCUUAGAUUUGAAGUGACAAAUGGUACAAGUGCGGUUGCAGAGUGCGAGGUGAUGAAGUCUGGCUUCUCUUUGGUUUAUGAGGUUGAAGUAGCUGAGAAUACAUCUUGGGAGGCAACUUCAAAGUUGGAGAAAAGAAUCUCUUAUAAAGAAGAUGGUUACCCAAGCGCUAGUCCAACCAAAGCUGACUCUAAAAGGUUUAUAUUUAACAUAUUUAGAAAAGCACAAUGAUCUGCCAAAUUUUUAUGGCGGAUAAAUAUCUUCGUAUUGGGACCUACCUCUGUUUAUAGAAGUUUGGGUUUCGAAUUCACAAAGCAUCUCGGUUUCAGUAGCUUAUGAAUAACUAUGCCAGAGAUGAGGCUAUGGAGGUAAAGCAAGAUACUUUUCCAUUGAGCAAUGUAAUCGGCUGAUAACUUUUGCUUCCCAUGUGUAUUUUUGUAAAAUCAUUGCCGUGGUUAAAAAGUAUUCAAACAAUUGUUAUAUGUGUUCUUUUUAAUAAUCAAACUAGAUUUUGAACCGCGCAAUCGUACGGACGAUUAUUUUCAUUUUUGUACAUACAAAUAUUUGAUUUACAUGAUUAGUGGUAUAUAAUUUUAAUGUUUAUCAUAUUACUAAUAGCUGAAUAUAAUAUUUUCAAACACAAUAAUUUUAUAGUUUAUAUGCAGUAAUUUAAAUCAUUGUUUCAAAUUAUUAAUGAUAUCUCUCUUAUUAAAACAUAAAUAUUAACUAAAAUCUUACAUUAUGUGAUAUUUACGAAAAAAUAUGUUCAAUUUAAUAUAACUUAGAUAUUAAUUUCCUUACGAUUAUACUUGUAUUUAAAUUUAGGUCAUACAUAUAUGUUAAUCGAAUUAUUUGUAUGAUUUUAUUCAGAUGUAAUUCAGAGAAAAUAUGAGAAUCUAUUUGAUUUUUUAGAAUAGUUAAAAUAAUUCAAAUAUGUAUAGAAAAAUUCAUUUAAGUAAUUUUCUAACGAAUGGUCCAAUAUUAAAAAUCACACAUGAAAUGAGGUUGUGACAUAUAUUUCAAUAGAAUAGAUUCAAGAAGAUAUUAUACACAUUUAUAAUAAAAAAAUUCUUACCUUUAUUUAAAGAAAAUUGAUUCCAAUUUUUUUUUCAAAAUAUUAUUUAUAUAAAUAUAUAUAUAUAUAUAUAUAUGUAUACGAAAGAUAUAUAAUUGUCAUUUACCCCUUUAGUAAAACAUAAUUUAGUUAUUUUGAUCCUUAUAGGCUAGUUUGAAAUUUUAAAAUAUUUUAUGGCUAUUAUUUUUACAGAACCAAUAAUAUUAUCUCAUUUAAAAUAUUAUUGGGUCCCAAUAUUAUUUAAUAUUAGUGCUGUAAAUAUUUUAAAAAGUUAUAAGUGGCCAAAAAAAAAAUUUCAGACGCUUCUAACUCUAUACAUGUCAAGCCGGUUAUGCAUGUCAUGUGCACAAAAGAGUUGCGGAGACCAAAUCAUACCUUAUAGUUGCCCGAUUUCUUGUUGAUCAACUUCUUUCCCAAAAAUAAAAUAAAAAUCGCUAGUGUGCAUUAUGAUUUUGGGUAAUUUUACUCUAUAUUCAUAAGAGAUAAAAGAAUUAAGAAUAUAACAAUGCUACAGUUAAAAGCAUCGGAUGAGACAUUAUGUACACAAAUGUGACCAAACUCUCUUUCAAUUCGUGUGUGCGUGAUAUUGACACUCCAAAACUAAAGAUACAUACUAUGCUACAUACCAUAUAGUAUAGUCAUACAAAGGAUUAAUUUAGUUACGAAGUUGAGUUUCAUCCGUUACGUGACUAUAUAUAAAUGAUUAUUAUAUAGUAUAGAAUACUCGAUACAAACACAUAAGCUUUUCAUUUAUGUGUAUGUCCAUAAUGCCUAAUUAAUUGAGGGAUCAAAGUUAGUGUGAUAGCUUGUGAAUGUUAUAUUAAACUAUACUAUAUCUAUUGAAUAGAUAUUGAUGAACAAUACAUUUACACCAAUAGUACAUCACGAGGAGGAAGAAUAAGAAAAAGAGAAAGAGAAAGAGAAGAGAAAUGAAAAAAAGAUGAAAGAAGAAAAGAGAUGAAACACAAAGAGUGAGAAAGUUAUAGUUAUAUAUAUAUAUAUAUAUAUAUAUAUGGAAGUUUCGAGCAUUUUUCUUAAACUCAAGAAAAAAAGAUCAUAAAACAACAGUUCUAUUCUAUUUUUUUUAAAUAGAAUAAACCAAAAAGUACUAAAUUUGAAUGUGAAAGGUGAAUGUUAAGAAUCAUGAAGCUAAUGAAAAAAAUACAAUUUGCAGAGAAAUUGAGGGGUGUUGCCAUGAUUGAUGGAUGAGAAGAACCAUCAUGAAAAGUGGAAGAGGAGAAGAGGAUAUGGUGGGAAGAGGUGUGGAGACUACGGGUGGCGAUGGUGGAGAAGGAGAAGAUGGUGUGAAGGACCCUAGGAACGGUUCACUCUACUGGUCCUGUUUUGGAUAUGAACUCCGGAUGGAGAACUGGUGGAUUGAAGGAUCGCACGAAGGUUGCGGAAGGCCUCUGAUAUUCCCAACUUCAGUUGGUGCUUGAUAUGACUCAGAAGUCCACAGAAAGAAGGGUCUUUAGUCGUUGCUUGAUAUGACUCACAAGUCCAACGAUUUAGAGGAAUUUUUACUUGGAUAUGACUCACCAAGAAACAAAGAAAAGUUCUACAAAGAACAAAGAGUUUCAACUCAAAACAAAUGGGAAAACAAUCUGCUUUAUUUCGUGACUCUUAGGCCUUAUUUAUAAGAUUACAAGUUGUACAGAUCCAAAGAAGAAUGUGCUAAAAACAAGACAUAAAAGAUCAAAAACAAAGACUUGACUAAAUAAAUCUUUGACUGAAGCUUGGACUGCCUCUUGAUAUUAGCCACGACCAGGACUUUGAAAAGUGAAGAAUAUGCUCAUGAUAUGGACCAAAACAUGUCCCUUUGAGGCCUGGUCGAAAUCCAUCUUUUCCCUUAGCCAAAAUUUAAUCGGUUACUCCAUUUGGCCCAAACAAAUUUGUUUUGAAUCUUUUUGAAAACCAUCAAGCCCAAGACUUUUUUGGACAUUUAUAACAUAAAUAAUCACCUUUGGCAUGAUUAAAUUGGUUGUUGGUUCAUCAGAAAGAAGGUUAACCGUUUCCAACUUCUCGGGUAGUCUGAAUUCGCGAAGAUCGAAGAUCUCCUGAUUUGUAAAUGGCAUAACUGUCACAUAUGAACUUCGUUUGAUCUGAAUCUUCUUUGAGUAGCUCCAUAAUUGAGUUGAGAACAUUCUCCAAGUGAUUUCAUGCGUAGAAGCCUCAUGGUUUGGAAGAUAUGAGUCAAACAAUGAACAUAUAUCUUUACUGCUUUCCAUGAUCAAGUCAUGCAUGUCUGUUUUUUCCGGUGCGGUACCCAAUGGAACAUCACGGUGGUGGUCAUGAAACAACUGAACAUGGUGAUGCUACAUGCAAGGUCUUUUGUAGUAACUAAUGGUGAUGGAAGAGGAAGAAGAGGAGGAGGAGAAAAAAAAAAGUAAAAGGAAAAGAGAAAAUUGAAAAUGAGGAGGACGGAACAAAAAAAAGAGAAAGGAGAAGAGAAAGAAAGACAUAAAAAGCCUCAUACUGAAGAACCAUCUACUAAACAAAUUCAUUAUCAAAUUAUAUUGUCUUGACACAUUAAAGAAAUUAUUUAUAUUUUAUGUCUCUCAAAUAGAAUAGUACAACACAGCGUACAUUGUUCAUCUUCUCUGAUAGUUUUAUGCAUUCUCUGCUUCUUAAUCCAUAUAUAUCGAAAAGUAUCAAAACUGUCAACUCAAACAAAGAUGUGAAGAAAAGUGAUCAGACAAUUAACAAUUCAUGGAUAUGAUGAUUAUACGGCGUACGAAAUACUUUUUUACAAAAAUUUCAUAAAACUUGUAAAUGAUCAUGGAGUGAAAAAAAUAUAACAAAGAUUAUUAUAAAUUUUUGAAACAGAGCAAUAGUUUUAGAAGAAUGAAAUCAACGAUGGAAAUGAGAGUGAGAGCGAAACAUGUAUGAAGGGCAUUUUUUUGUGCUUAUACAUAUUAUACAAAGAAUAUCAUAGCCAUUAACUUGUUAUGUGUAUAGACUUAAUAUUUUUUCUACUAUGUACAUGUCCCCAGUGCCGUGCGAAGAGAUACAGGGGCCUGAGGCGAAAUUAUAUUUUUUUCUAUAUAUAAUUUUAUAUGUAUUAUAUUUAAAAUAAAAUAAUUCAAAAUAAAUUAUUUUUCCCACAUGGAUUUAAAAUUAGAAAUAAAAAAUGAUGCACAGUUUAGAAUGUAAUUUUUUUUAUUAAUUUACUUUGGUUCUUUAAUAAUUUUCGCCAAAUUAUCAUAGUAUUUAAAAUGUGUAUAAAAAUAUGAUGUAAAAUAUUAAAUUAGACAUAAAAAUGAAGGUUAAAAUUGUGUGUUAAAAUGAUGAUACUUUUAAGAAUAUUAAAAUCUCUAAAACUUAGUUACUAUAUAAUACUUUCACAUAUUUUACAUUUACUUAUAUUCAGAAAAUGAUAUAAAAUAUAUAAAAACAGAUGAUAAUAAUAGAUAAAACCUUAAAAGUCAACAAAAGUUGCUUCAAUUUUUAUUUUUGUGAUUUUUUAGCAAAUCAUCCUUAUUUGCAUAGGUUAGAACUUAGAAGUUGAUGAUUUUAAAAAAAUAACUAAAGUCUUUAGGAUUUUAACUAAAACAUAUUCUAACAAGAAAUGGUUUCAAACAAAAAAAGAUCUGAAAUCUGGUAAAAAUCUAACUAAUAUUUAUUAUGUACAAAAACAUUUAGAGAUUAGGGGUCUCAAAAAUUUUACAUUAUUAAGGGGCUCUAGGUGCCUUUUUUAUUUUAAGGUAAGCACGGCUCUGCAUGUCCCUAAUUGCCCUCUGAUUUAAAGGUGAUGUAAAACCUUUAUCAAAAAAAAAAAGGUGAUGAAAUUGUUUUAUAUAACUAAUUAUUUGCGUGGUACCAACUACCGAGGAAAUAAGUUUUCUUUUAUUUGCCGACGUACGAGGAAACAAAAUUUAAUUGCAGAAUUAACACACACACGCGUAAGAGAUUAAAAAAAGACCUGUUUAUUUUUGUAUGGUCACCACUACGACGAGGUCAAUACUAUUAAAAAAUGUUAGCCAAUUAAAAAGUUUGUUAUCAUACAAUACAAGUUAUAGAGCAAUAAUUUUCUUGUAUAACUUAAAGUUUGGUUGACCAACAACAUCGGCCAAUAUCUACUCCAAGUGUGGAAAUUUUGAAAUGAGUCUACUCAUUAGUGAAUAAUAACUAACUAAAUCUUAAUAUUAUUCAUUACAAAGUGAGUGAAAAUUUAAAACAAAACUGAACCAGAAGACAAAAGAACCUAAUGUAAAGAGCAACUUUUCAAUUUCUUUUGAACAAAUCCUUAGUAGUGAAAAAUACUUUUAGAUAUACUCGAACACAAAAAAAAAAUUUAAUCGGAACUUAAAAAAAAAUUAUAAUCGGAACCAUAAAUAUCCGAAAGACAAUAAAAUAAUUGAAAUCAAUGUUCUAUGGAAAGAGAUGUACGACCCCUAGUUUUGAUAUACACGCUUAGACUCAAAACGUUGUAAAAUCAAUUAGUACCAAAAAUCACUACACUUUUACCGACUCCUUUAUCAGGUUUUAGAUUUCUUUAGGUUUUGUGUUUUGCACUUAAUAUAUCAUUGCUUAUGUCAUUAAAGUAAAUACUGAAAUGUGAACUGUUUAUAUAAUGUGCACUUGCUACCUUAUUCAACCAGUACGUAAUAUUAUGAUAUUAUUUGUCUUACGUUAAAAAAAAAGGUCGUGAUUAUUGGAUUUAGGUCAUUUUUCCGAAUGUUUAUUUGAUUAUCGAGCAUGGCCCUGCUCAUUUGCUCAUUGCGUCAAUGUUGGAUUCAGUUGAAUGAUCCGU